UGGAUUUCAGUUCAAUGUGAUCGUAAAUUUACGAGUUCGUAAGUGUUUCUUCAAUUAACGCUGUUAUUGAUCCUUGUCAGUGACAAUAUUAUGAGCAAUCGACACCGUGUGGACAUAGAAGACCGUGCAUUUUCCUUUGCGAUGACCGUACACGACAUUCUGAUUUGUCAACGACCCGAUAACCUCACAAUUGUUUCGUACGCGGGGAACAAUUUCAAAUAAUGGUUGACAGACUGAAAUCAUAAGCGUGUCACGGUUUUCGGUUUCUGUAUGGUGAAAAUGGCCCAUGCAACAUUGCCGAAGCUCAUCUGUAAACCGACAAAUACAUCGAACAUGUGUCCCACGAAUAUUACUGCGACAACCGCCUUAUCCGAUGUGUUAAACUCGGAACCAGUGAAAAGACUACUUAAUCAACCAAAUAUCAUUAUCAAAACGAUCCCUUUAGACACUAAAUCAGCUUCCGUUUCGAAAAGUGUUGUUGCCCGCAAAACGAAUAAAACUAAAUCGGGUGUGAAGGAAUCAAAGCAGUCCAAAUUAAAUACACUUCCGUCAGAAAUUGAUAAAGAAGAAAAUAAAGAAGAUGAAAAUCUGCUACCUUCUAAGACAAAAGGUAAAUCAGAAAUUACUCUAGUCCCUAUUAAAAGAGAAAAGAAGUCUUGCGGUCAUUAUGAACCCUGUGAACACAUUGUGUGUGAUGUAACUGUACAUCAAUAUGUAGAUCGAGAAGGAGCAUCACCUAUGUUAGCCAUUAACAUAGAAGAAGAUGAAAUAAAUGCACCAGUUUCAAAACAUUGUAAGAACGAACAAUGCGAUGCUCUGAGCAUUGAUCAUGACUGUUGCCGUAGGGCUAUGGUAAGAUUAUACAGGUGUAAUCAAUCAAAAGCUUGUGACAUUUGCGGUAUCGAGCUACAGACACGGCGAUGUCGGAUAUAUCAUAGACAUUGCACAAGGAAAAACGAAUAUAGGCAUAACAAAACAGAUAGUACAGAAAUAUUAAAAAUACGAAUGCGUGAGAGGGAAAUGCAACUGACAGAAACUUCUAUGAUGAAUAAGAAAUACUAUAUAGAUCCUGCCCGAGCCAUGGAGACUCUAAAAAAGAAUGAAGAACUAAUUAUUAUUCCACAGUCAGUUCCUGCACCACAACCACCAGUUUAUGUAACAACUCCAUCUGCUACUGAACCGGCUAGCAAUGUAAUCAACAUUUUUGGAAAACUUUUCUCUAGCAUACCAAUUGUAUUACCGCAGCAAAGUCUAGUUCUUGAUAAAACACAAAAUCCUAACAAAAAUGGUAUAACUAGGCCACUGCAAGUAACUUUGCCCAAUACUUUUAAUACAUCGUUUAUACCAACAACAAAUGCUGUUCCUUUACCUCAAAAUCAAUAUUUUACAUUUACAACGCAAAACAAUUCGCAGCCGAUAACGUUGCAGGAUUUACUAUUUACGCAACCACCAGUUAUGAAUACACCUAUUCAACCUAACGUAACACCCAUACGCGUUGUGCCUAUAACUAAUUUAAUAACGCAACCGUCGUUAUUACAUCAAACACAGGGUAUACCAAGGUAUUGCAUUAUGGCUGAUACUUCUCUAUCAGUACCACUGACAUUAGCAAAUCCACAAUCCAUUCAACAGUCAACAGUACCACUGACUGUAACAAAUCCAGUGUCUGUUCCACAAGCGAUAGCACCAUUGACUAUAACAAAUCCAGUGUCUGUUCAACAGUCGACAGCACCAUUGACUAUAACAAAUCCAGUGUCUGUUCCACGGGCAAUAGCACCAUUGACUAUAACAAAUCCAGUGUCUGUUCAAAAGUCAACAGCACCAUUGACUAUAACAAAUCCAGUAUCUGUUCAACAGUCAACAGCACCAUUGACUAUAACAAAUCCAGUAUCUGUUCAACAAUUGGCAGCACCAUUGACUAUAACAAAUCCAGUAUCUGUUCCACAGUCGACAGCACCAUUGACUACAAAAGAUCCAGUAUCGGUUCAACAGUCAAUAAAACCUUUGAUUGGAGCAAAUCCGCAACCUGCUCAACGAUCAAUAAUACCGGUGACCGUAGCAAGCCCACAACCUAUUCAACGGCCAACACUCGUGCCAAAAGGUGAUCCUCCAAAUGAUUCUAAGGAAACGUUAUUGCGAAAAAAGAAGCAGAUAACGAGAAAAAAACGCAGACUUAAAAAGAAAGAGUUCAAAUGCGAUUACUGUCAUAAGAGUUUUAGCACCGAUUGGUAUUUCAAGAUGCAUGUUGCCAUGCAUACAGGUGAAUCGCGACAUUCUUGUGAAGUGUGUAAAGAACCUUACACCAAUAAAUACGAUCUGAAGAAACACAUGUUACUAAAGCAUAAAGGAGAAACUAUUCAGAAUAAUUAUGGGAAACGUAAAAAACAAUAUACAGUACACUCUUUUCGGUGUUUAGACUGUCCUAUGCAAUACACAUCUAUGCAGGACUUAAAGUAUCAUAGACAAAGGAUUCAUGGAAGAGUACAAUGUACGUUAUGCCAUGCUGAAGUUCCACAAGAUGAAUUAAUAAAACAUUUUGUAUCUAUACACAGACAAACGAAAAGGAGUGCAAACAUGAAACAAGCAAUCGUUGAAAACGGUAAUGUUUCCGAUGAAACGUACAAAGCCAAUAUUUCUUCAAACAUUGUAAAAACUGAAACAAACAAUAUUAACUCACAAAACUUUGAAGAAAUUAAAAUAGAAUUGAACGAUGAAGAAUACGACAUUCCAAUGUAA